GGAAGUCAGGGAGAUCAAGCAGCAGCUGAAGAACAAAAAGCAAAAGAAGAAGAAUUCAAAAAUCAGAUUCUUACUCAAGUGUUAUCAAAAGAAGCACGUGGUAGAUUGAGUACAAUAUCAAUAGCUAAACCAGAAACUGGGAAAAUGUUAGAAAAUAUGGUCAUUAAUAUGGCUAGAACUGGGCGGAUACGAUCCCAGCUUGAUGAUAAGGAGUUCAUCCAUCUUUUGGAAGAAGUCAAUCGUCAAGUAAAACAUAAUACACCUACAGUGAAGUUUGAUAGGAGAAGAGCAGCACUGGAUUCUGAUGAUGAGUUCUGAUUAUAUCCAGUACCUUCAGUAAAC